ACACACACACACACACACACACACACACACACACACACACAUAUUUAGUGUUUCUCCAAUAAAUGAAAUUCCAGAGAUCAUCCAUAUUAAUAUUUUUUAGGGUUUGAAGAAAUUGGUGAUGAUAAAUAAUAAUAACCCACUAAUCUGUAAUUUUUUCUAAAUUUUAAGACUCAGAUAAAAAGGUAAAGAAACAAAAUAUAAAAAGUUACUUGUAGUUUAUCCAAGAGAAGCACAGUUUCAAGGCAGUCAGCAGCCAAAAUUAUAAACUCCAUGUGACCUUUUGAGAUGCAAAUCCUGGAAGUGAAAUAUGAUACUUUACGCUCAUUCACCUCAGCUGACAUACUCAACGGCAGAAAGGUUUUUGUAUCAGUGUGUUUCAGUGUGGGAGGAUCCGGUACCGAGUCCAACAGCUAUCUCAUCUUUGGCUCUGGAACAAAGCUCUAUGUAACAGAUAAGCCAACAGUGAAGCCGGAGGUGACCGCUUACACAGCAGCAAACAGCACCAGCCUCGGGGGAAAGAGCGCUCUGGUGUGUCAGGCCUCAGGAAUGUUUCCUCCUCUGGUCCGAUUCUCCUGGAAAAGAGAGAAGAACGGCCGGCUGGAGGAUCUGCCCCCUGCUGAGGCAGAGCAGCUGGAAAUCAAAGAGCCAGGACGCGUCACUGCCAUCACGGUGCUCGAUCAGGGUAAUAUCUACUCAUAUAAAUACCACUGCGAAGUCAACCAUGAGAAAGGCAAAGUGACAGGCCAAAACAAAAUAGAGAUUAGAGGACCUUCUCCUCCCCCACUGCCUCCCCCACGCUGGUUUAAAGAGAGGCUGCUGUGUCUGAUGUACACAGUGCUGAUAGCGAAGAGUCUGGCGUACUUCUGUGGACUCUCUCUGCUCGGGAUCAUGAGAAAGACGGGACGUUCAACCAACAGCACACCUGCUAACUGACUGUCUUUAAACAGCUUUUAUGUCUCAAUCACAUCUGUUAAAAUUAAACUUCCGCUAUAUAUACAUGAUGAAUUUAUGCUACUGACAAACUUGAAAUGUUCACUGUCUACACUUGCAUUCGAGUGACAUAUUCCUUCAAAAUGAAUGUGAUUUAUUGUACAUAAUUAGAGUUUUGUAUACAGUUGUCCUCAUUAGAAAACUCACUGUCAUCUAUCAAACACAUAAAACAGAAGCUGUUGUUCAUUUGUAAAAAUAAAAAAACUUUGCGUAUGUUCGCAGUUCAACA